GCUGCUCACCUGUCCUCACUACUCAAACAGAUUUCCAGCACUGCAAAAUGACCUGCUCUUCUGGAAGGGAAUCAUACUUCAACUUGAACUCUACCUGGUACGACCCUUCAGGCUCUUGGCUGGAGAACCACCGCAUCCCCUUAUGCUACGCUGAUGACUCCUGCUGCGGAGGGUGUAACCCUGAUGUAAGAGGAGUGGGGGGGCACAACUACCGACCCUGUUGGUAUCGGCGGUCAGUCUGCUCUGAGGCAGAGCGUGGGUCUUCAAGUGGAUACUGUGGAAGUGAAGACUCUGGCUGUGCCAGGAGGCCAACACUCGGGUACUCAGACGGAUGUGGGGGUUAUAGAAGGGGACCAGACCGUUGCAAUGGAGAGUGCUCAUCUCAUGAAUUUGGGAGGAGACCAACCUACCAUUAUGCAGCAGAUGUGUACCUCGCCAAUGAACGCUUAGCCUGUUCCGAGGGGUGCCAUGGGUCUUCAGGAGGAUUUUAUGGGUCUUCAGGAGGAUGCCACAGAAGGCGCAGGUGUGGCGAGCCGUGCCACGGUUCUGGAUCUUAUGGGUCCUCACGAGGAUGCCACGGCAGGCGCAGGUCAGUGUGUGGUGAGCCAUGCCAUGAUUCUGGAUCUUCCGGCUACCUCCAGCGUGUGUGUGUGAAGCCAGGUCCAUGCAUACCAAGGUGCCCCCCAAGGCAAAAGUAUGUCCGUUCAACACAAAGCUGCUGCAUUCCAGUGCAAACCUACUGCGCUCCAGUGCAAGCCUACUGCCCUCCAGUAGGGAAGUACAGCUCAGGCGGACAGCAGUGCAAGCAGACCAGCAAGCUGCCAAUACUGAAGGCCAAGUAAGAGAUGAGCAAGAGCAGCACAGAGAAGACCACUGUUAUGAAUUUGAAGAGAGCCCUGUGAGACCACAGAGUUUUGCAUGUGUUAAGUUCUUCCCACGUUUCACCAGAGACUAUCUUCUAGACCCCUGUUAGUUAAGGCUUGUAACGUGCUUUCAAGAUGUCACCGCUGUUCAAGUAUUAAGAGAUGUAUUGCUAUUACUUCUCGGGCUAUGCAAUAGGAAUUAUUUUCUGCUGGGAUCAUUUUGGCUGCUACUUUUCUGCUUCAGUCUCUGGUUGUAGAAGUGGAAAAAUAAACAUUAUUCAAUCUA